AGCUGCCAUUUUUUCUACAGAGCAACCACUGUUCAUCUGUCGGGAGCUUUUGGGCGGUUCCGGCCCUGAGCAGCGCAAACGGCUCCGCGGCGGCGCAUUUUGGCGGAGAGGUUCCGGCUCCGGCGCCGUUUCUGAUCGAUCUUCCAGCCGGCAUUCGUGGUUUCCCGAGGUGUCCGAUUAUGUCGGGCGGCGGCGGCCCGGUUUGGUGACUAGGUGGGGGUGGCCAGGCAAUCCAGUACAGCAGCGGUAGAAGGGGCCUCCUUUUCGCGGCGCCCCCUUUUCGCCGCCGCUGCUGGUGCGGUGGGGAUGCGCCUCGCCUUUCCGCGGCCUCCUCCUGGCGUGAUUCCCAAGCCUCGUUGGCGUCCGUUUCUGGUGGAUUAGAUAGAAUCGCAUCUUAAUCUUUCCGGAGGGAGGAGGGGACAGAAGGAAGGUUCCCGGCAAUGCCGAGCAUCCGCGCUCCGGCUUCCAGGCAGACGGCCACGCUGCAGGUGGCUGUCAAGUGCAGGCCACUGACCGACAACGAGCGGCGCCGCUCCCGGCACAUCAUACAGGUCAUCGACGACAAGAAUGUAGCCGUCUUGGACCCCGAUCUCUCAAAGGGCUACCUCGACCUCAUCCAAAACCGGACCAAGGAGAGGAGAUACAGCUUCGACCACGUCUUCGCGCCAGGAUGCUCAAAUACGGACGUUUAUAAGAAUAUUUCUUCAACAGUUUUGGGUGUAGUUCAAGGGCUUAAUGUGACAGUCUUUGCUUAUGGUUCUACCGGAAGUGGCAAAACUUAUACUAUGGUCGGAAGCCACAACGAUCCUGGUCUUAUGGUUCUUAGCUUUCGCACAAUCUUUGAUCAAAUUAAAAAAGAUGAUAGUUCAGAUACAUUUGAAGUCUCAUGUUCAUAUCUGGAAGUCUACAAUGAGGUUAUCUAUGAUUUGCUUGAGAAAUCCUCGGGUCACCUGGAGCUUCGUGAGGAUCCAGAGCAUGGCAUAACAGUUGCUGGUUUAAGAAGAAUUAAGGUCCAUUCAGCAGAUAAGAUUCUUGAACUCUUGAACAUUGGCAACAGUAGACGCAAGACAGAGAGCACGGAAGCAAAUGCAACUUCAUCACGUUCACAUGCUGUACUGGAGAUUACUGUCAGACGAAAGCAGAAAGGACAGUAUGGUAGUCAAGUUCUUCGUGGAAAGCUUGCCUUGGUUGAUCUUGCGGGCAGUGAGAGGGCUUCUGAAACGAACAACUUUGGCCAAAAGCUCAGAGACGGAGCUAACAUUAAUCGAUCACUUCUAGCGUUAGCAAAUUGCAUCAAUGCCCUUGGCAAGCAAAAUAAGAAAGGUCUUGCAUAUGUUCCAUAUCGCAACAGCAAAUUAACUCGAAUCCUGAAGGAUGGUCUCUCUGGUAAUUCCCGAACUAUUAUGAUCGCUACAAUAUCACCAGCUGAUGAUCAGUAUCAUCACACUACGAAUACGCUCAAGUAUGCGGAUCGUGCUAAGGAGAUAAAAACACAUGUCCAUAAAAAUAUCGGAACAAUUGACACUCACGUUGAAGACUAUAAGAGGAUGAUUGAGAAUCUCCAGGUUGAGGUUUCUCAGUUGAAAAAGGAAUUAGCUGAUAAGGAGCAUCAGUUAACUGUAAAGCCUGCUGAAAAGGCUGCAGAUAGUGAGCUAUCUUGGCUAAAUGUCCUGAGCCAGGAAACUGGUGAGAAUGUUCAGGAACGCAUAAAUCUACAGAAAGCACUGUUUGAGCUCGAAGAAACCAAUAAGCAUAAUCGAAUGGAGCUCCAGCAUCUUGACGGCGCGAUUGCAAGACCGCAGGUGAAUGAGAAGGAUUAUUCAGUUUUUCAAGCCUUAACAUCAAGGAGACAAGUUAUUCUUGACAACAUCCGUGACAAUGAUGAAGCUGGUGCUGGCUACAGAAAGGAUAUUGAACUGAAUGAAAGUCGCAGGCGUCAGCUCCAAGAUAUGAUUGAGGAAGCUACGAGUAACAAUGGGAAUAGAACUUACCUGCAGAUUCUCAGCCAAUACAGACUUCUUGGAAUGAAUAAUGCUGAGCUUCAAAUUGAGAUGGCUAUGCGGGAUCAGGUCAUACAUAAUCAGAGGGAAUCUCUAAGGAGCCUAUGGAACAUUCUCUAUGGAACAGGGUUAAACCAGAAGCAGAUUCUCAAGUUGGCAGCGAAGCAAGGGUUAACUAUAGAUGGCUGUCCUUUGCCUAGCUCGAGCCCUGAUGUUACCCCAACACCUUCCUUUCUACACCACGGACGGCUGCCACCAUUCAUGUCGUCGUUUCCUAGUCCACAGUCACAGUCUUCUUCUCCAUCCGGUUGCUUUUUCCAACAAGGUUUCAGCACCAUGUCUGUUAUGAAAAAUCAACAUGAGACACCUACAAUCUGUAGGCAGGAACAUCUCAGUUCGUACUACAUGAUGUCUGACUCCUCGCCUGGUGCUGUUGAUGGAAGACAAUGGGCAAGUGGAAGGUCAACGCCAUACUUUUCCACCCCAGGAAAACCUGGGGAAAUGCAUGGUUUCUACCCGGGGAUGAGAAGUGAGCGGUCGCCAUACAGCGGGGAACAGCCCACCUCUUAUUCAGGAAACGAAGAUUUCAGUGCGCGAAGGAAGGAUUCGUGCUCUAGAGAAAGGUAAUGAGGAGGCACAUGAAGAUUCAACAAGAGUGACGACGCCUCCAUGCACACAACCAGCUGACAUGGCUGUAACACCAGCCUGAUGAAGCUUGCAAGUUGAGCCCGUGUGUACCAGACAAACACCAGUGUUGCCGUUCCUGGAUCUGCUAAAGCAAUCCAUAGAUGUUAGCAGUAGUUUUUAGGCCAAGCUGUUGCCAUGCCAAAGGCCAUGCCCACGGCCAUUUUUGUGCCUCUAGAUCCUGACAUGCCUCGCUCCACUCUUGUACAGUAGCUGUUAGCACCUCAAAUGUAGUCUUCUUGUUCCCUCUCUCUUCCAUCUCUCCCUUGUAUAUAAUGCAUCUGUUAGGACUGGAUCACUUUUAGGCCAAGAAUUCUGUAAAUUUGCUGCGAC